UUGGUUUACGUCACUGCUCUGGUCUUCAUAAAAUCCAUAUUUUAAUUAAUUUUAUUAGUAUCUUUUAUUAAUGAUCAUUCUGUAAGAUGUCGUCUGUAAUAUAAAACUACAACCAUACAUACAAAACAGAACUGGAUCACCUGAUAAACAGUUUUGGAGGAGCCUCUCCUAUAACCAUGUAGACUCAGCUUUACAGUUAUUACAUCACUUCCUGUGUGCUACCUUUUCACCCUCCCCUGAACAACAUUAAACUUGUUCCUUAACUGUAGAGGUUCCCUCUUUAAACACUAAUGAAAAUUAAGAAACGUGAAAAGAAAAGCUGGUUUCUCACAGCGACAAGUCAGUACAUCUGGGAUUUUAUUAUCUGCUAUAAUAAUAAUAUAUGUACAAAUAUUUCUCAUGGUUAUUGAGGUGCAUUAACACUUUAUUCAUGUUGCUAUGGUAACAGAGGUGCACUGUUUCGUCACAAGAGUUUCAACACCACGGACAGCGACGGACUUUCACUCCUCAUUGCGCUUCACUCCGAUCUCAAACUCUCACAUUCCCACUCUCAGUCUCUUUCUCACACGGUCAUCAUCACACACUCUGUAUGUUUUUCUCCAACUUCACUACAAACACUAUCUACCAAUGAGUAUUAGUGUGUAGAUUUGAACAUUUUAGGAUUAAGAACUAAUAACACUAUCUCCCACUAGGUGGCAGUAAAUCCUCACCCUUAAAGCUCUGUUAGUAAAACUGAUCUGUUUCAGGUCACAGAGCAGGCCUUGACUUUACAGGCUACUUGUUGAUCAUUAUAUACAAAUAUAUAUGAAGAAGUUCAGUUAUAUUCAAUACAAUUCACAGUUCAGCAGUUUAUAAUGGACUUCAUGGUCAUUUUCCAACAUGCAUUAAUAACAAAUUAAUAUUCCUGAUACUGUACAUCACUCAUAAAAGCCAAUUUGUCCAUGUUCAUGUCCAAGCAGAACACAACACUGACACUCGCACGUUCCAGGAUGGUGACUAUAGUGUGUAUAGGGCCAAGUCUGUGUGUAACUGGUUCAUUUAUAUAUUUACAUCAUUUGGCAGACUCACUAAACCAAGCAACUUCUUUCGCGUUUUGCACAAACAUGUUGAAUUAAGAGAGCAAUUAAAUUAAAGAACAAUAAGAUAUUAGUGUGGGCACACGCGAGUGUAAAAUUAAACCACAUUUUCCAUUCUGUCAUAACAUCUUACUCAUGAUACUGUAUAUCUGUGCAACAUCAAAACACUGGAAAAUAAUAUGUGGUGUAGAUGUAGGCAGAUCAGAAUACCAUGUGCUUGCUUAUCAUGACUUUUUUUUUUUAAUUCAACCAAUCACAUCAUAUUCUGGGGCGUGGUCAGUACAGACCGCCUAUAGUAUAAAUAUAAAUUCUAACCAUGCUUCAAGUGCAUUCAUAUUCUGCUGAUAAAUGAGAUACAAACACUGUAGAAUUUCUGAGAAAUGAAAAAUGACUGGUUUCUGGAUUUUAAUUUUGAUCUUCAGCACCAUGUAUACAGUCCAACCUGGUAGACGCUGGGUUACUGCACAAUCCCUCACAGAGUCACCAGUUUAUCAGCCUGAUAAAGAGCUCAGUGUGAAUAUCGGAGACUCGGCUACUCUGCGGUGUUGUAUUUCUGAAAAUGAAGUUGGGAUAAUUGCCUGGUUUAAGCAACCAAACAGAAAAAAACCUCAGAUUAUAGUCAUGGUAUAUAAAAGUGGUGGGGAGCCAUUUUUCAAUGGAUUCCAAAAGUCUCAUUUCCAAAUAGAAAGAUCUUCAAACUGUUUCAAUAUGAUCAUUUUAAACAUCAUUCAGUCUGAUGAAGCCAUGUACUACUGUGCACUCACAUACCCAAACACUGUGUUUGCAGAUGGAACUUAUUUAAAAAUUAAAGGUGAUCAUGUUACUAUUGCAUCAGAAACAUCUAAACCAGCUCUGUGUGAUAAUUCAGUGGUGUGUGAACCAACACUGCAUGGAAACAACACUAACAUGAACACACACGAGAAAACAGUGCUCGGUUUGGGAACGGCUUUGGGUUUGUGCGCACUUCUGAUUUUCUGCCUCAUUUAUUUCAUACUGAGGAGAAGAAAAUUAAAUACGACUAUAGAAAACUCUCCAGGAACGAGGCAGGUACGUGAAUCUGAAGCGGAACCACUGAAUUACGCAGCUGUGCAGUUUACCAAGAGGAAAGCCAAAGCUGAAAAAAGGAAAACUGGCUCAGCAGAUGAGUGUGUGUACUCCGAUGUGAAUAAAACUGUAAGAUGUGAUGGAAAUAAUUCAUAA